AUCCUCGCUCUCGUCUCAAGCUGCUCAAAGCCUGGACAGCUCUGCAGCCAUGGCCGACUUCUCUCAACAGCUUGCACAGCGCGCCAACACGAUCAACAUGAACGCCGGCCCGUCCCCUCUUCCCGACGCCGCCCUCUUGACUGCUGCCGCCUCGCUCCUGUCGUACCCCGACACGCCCGGCAUGGGCAUCGCCGAGAUCUCGCACCGCUCGUCGGCCUUCGACCAGGUCGUCGCCAACGCCAACAAGGACCUGCGCCAGCUCCUCGACAUCCCCGACAACUACCACGUCCUGUGGAUGCAAGGCGGCGGCUUGACCCAGUUUGCCGCCACCGUCCUCAACCUCGCCGCGUGGUACCGCACAAAGCACCAGCUCACCGCCGACGACGACGUCGAGGGCUGGUACGCCGUCACGGGCAGCUGGUCCAAGAAGGCCGCCGAGGAGGGCACCCGCAUGGGCGUCACGGCCCGCACCGUCUUUGACGGCAAGAAGCACGGCAAGGACAACAAGUUCACCUCGAUCGCGCCCGUCGACGCGUGGGACGUCCCGCAGCUCGAGGAAAACAGCCGCAAGCCCGCCUUCAUCUACUACUGCGACAACGAGACGGUCGACGGCGUCGAGUUUGGCGCGCCCGACUCGGACUCGGCGUUCCCGUUCGACAAGUUUGACCCGGCCAUCCCUGUCGUCGCCGACAUGUCGUCCAACUUCCUGUCGCGCCCCGUCGACGUGUCCAAGUACGGCAUCAUCUACGCCGGCGCCCAGAAGAACCUCGGCCCGGCCGGCGUCACGCUCGUCAUCGUCCGCGACGACCUCCUCGUCGAUCUCGACGAGGCGGUCAAGUACGGCGCCGGCCGCGUCCCGUCCAUGCUCAGCUACAAGAACAUGGCCGACACCAACUCUAUGUUCAACACGCCGCCAACCUUUACCAUCUACGUCUGUUCCCUCGUCCUGCGCUCCCUCCUCGAGUCGCCUCCUCUCCCCCUCUCGUCUCCCGACGCCCGGCCCCUCUCGCCCCUGUCCGACUUUGCCGACCAAAAGUCGGCCCUCGUCUACUCGGAGCUCGACGCGAGCGAGGGCUUCUACAUCGGCACGGCCGACAAGGAGGCGCGCUCGCGCAUGAACGUCACGUUCCGGCUGCCCACGGGCGGCGAGCCGCUCGAGAAGGCCUUCGUCAAGGAGGCGAGCGAGCGAGGGAUCAAGGGCGUCAACGGACACCGCAGCGUCGGCGGCAUCCGCACGUCGAUCUACAACGCCGUCACGCUCGACGACGUAAAGAAGCUCGUCGCCUUCAUGCGCGAGUUCCGCGACAAGAACGCGCACGCAUGACCGGCCCGCCCAGCUGUAGAGCAGAUCGAUGAGCACGUCUCGAGGCGUCUAUAGAAACUUGGAGCGGUCGCCGUC